AAGGAUUGACUGGUCUCCCUCCUCCAAGAACAGGAUAACAGGGUUGUACCCUCACAUGUGGUUUGGAAAUCCUUUGUCCACUGGAUAUACAAAAAAGCACAAGCCUUUUCCAAGAAGCCAGGCUGGGCUAACAGUGAGCCUGUCUCAAAACGUUGCCCAAAUGAUGACUCAAAUUAAAAAGAAAUUAGAGGCUCAGGGUGGGGGGUGGCGCACGCCUUUAAUCCCAGCACUUGGGAGGCAGAGGUUGGCAGAACUCUUGUGAGUUCGAGGUCAGCCUGGUCUACAAGCGAGUUUCAGAACAGGCUCCAAAGCUAUAGAGAAACUCUGCCUCGAAAAACCUAAAUAAUAAGCAAAUAAAUAAAAAAGCACAGAAGUGCAAAUGAAUUCUAUGUCCAUGCAGAAGGGGACAUAUCGUAACAGAAGCAGACAGUCGACCCAUUGCCCAGUUCACUCGUUUAACCAGGCUGGGAUCUUAGACUGGGAGGAGUCAGUCAGUGGAGCAUCGAGUUCCUCAAGUUGUUUUUUUCUCUCGAGAAUUACUAGUUAGGAGAGGGAGGCAUCUGCGAGAAGACUGACAGAAACAAGUGGGAGAACCUUCCAUGACCUUGGCCAGAACAGGAGCCCUGACGGAGAGGGAAAGGCGUGGGACCAGCGAGGACGCGCCAGCUUCCGGUCACCCAGGAGAGGAAGAGGCGGGGCGCGAGCCACACGCCGGAGCCAACGUGUAGCCAACGGGAAAGCACGCGCUCAAGAGCCAAUAGGACGCGGGGCCCGCCCCCCGGCGGCCGUGGAAGGUGAGCCGCGGCGGCGGUAUGGCGGGCGGGGCGCGCGAGGUACUCACGCUGCAGUUGGGACACUUCGCGGGUUUCGUCGGGGCACACUGGUGGAACCAGCAGGAUGCUGCUCUGGGACCUAGGACCGAAGGCGACUCGUCACCGGGGGAGUUGUGCCCCGACGUCCUGUACCGAGCCGGCCGGACGCUGCAUGGCCAGGAAACCUAUACGCCGCGACUCAUCCUCAUGGAUCUGAAAGGAAGUCUGAAUUCACUAAAGGAAGAAGGUGGCCUCUACAAGGACCGGCAGCUAGAGGCUGCAGUAGCAUGGCAAGGGAAGCUCACCACACACAGAGAAGAAGAGUACCCAAAGAACCCUAACCUCCAGGACCUUCUGAGUGCAGAGGGAGUGCUGAAUACUGACGGUGUCUGGAGGACCAGACCUAUCCAAAAUGGCAAAGAGAACAGCAUCAGAGUCUGGUCAGACUUCCUCAGAGUGCAUCUCCACCCGCGGAGCAUCUGUGUGAUUCAGAAGUACAACCAUGACGGUGAAACAGGUCGCCUGGAGGCUUUUGGACAAGGGGAGGGCAUCCUGAAGGAGCCCAGGUACCUGGAGGAGCUGGAGGACAGACUGCACUUCUAUGUGGAGGAGUGUGACUACUUGCAGGGCUUCCAGAUCCUGUGUGACCUGCACGACGGCUUCUCUGGAGUAGGUGCAAAAACUGCAGAGCUACUACAAGACGAGUAUUCAGGACGAGGAGUAAUAACGUGGGGUCUGCUCCCUGCUCCCUACAGUCUUGGGGAGCCCCAGAAAAAUAUCUAUCGCCUCCUAAACACAGCAUUUGGUCUGGUGCACCUGACUGGGUACAGCUCUUUUGUCUGUCCCUUAUCCCUGGGAGGGCACCUGGGCCUGCGACCCAAGCCACCUGUCAGCUUCCCUGACCUACACUAUGACAUCUCUGCCCUUGGUGGAUUUCCCACACCGGAGAGACCCAAUGUCCCCUCCUGUCCCACUCGACAGGCUACUCUGCCCUUCCACUGUAGCGCCAUUCUUGCUACAGUCCUGGACACAGUCACAGCUCCCUUCCGCCUGCGGUCCUCCAUGGUGCCCAUUGCUCAUUUGGCUGACCUGCUAAGUUUCUCCGGGAGAAAGGUGGUGACAGCAGAAGCAGUCAUCCCCUUCCCACUGGGUCCAGGCCAGUCCCUUCCCGACAUCCUGGGACAGCUUGGAGGAACCACCCCGUGGACCCCACUCUCUGCUUGUGGGGAUUCUGCUGGAAGUCGAUGCUUUGCCCAGUCAGUGGUGCUCAGGGGUAUAGACAGGACGAGUCACACCAGUAAGCUCAACCCAGGGACACCCUUGCCGUCGGCUCUCCAUGCCUGUGCCUCUGGAGAAGAAGUCUUGGCCCUCUAUUUACAACAGCAGCACCCUAGAGUCUUAAGCUCCUCACACCUGCUGCUGACGCCCUGCAGAGUGGCUCCUCCUUACCCACACCUCUUCUCCAGCUUCAGUCACAAGGGGCUGGCCCUGGAUGACCCCCCCAAGGGCGCAGCGGUGCAGAGCAUCCCUGUGUUUGGAGCCCUGCGCUCAUCUUCAUCCUUGUACCGCACCCUGGGAGACUUGGCUGAAGAGCUCGCCAGACUUGACCUGCGGCGCUGGGCUAGCUUCAUGGACGCUGGGGUGGAGCGGGAUGACAUGGAGGAGCUGCUGCAGGACUUACACAGCCUGGCCCAGUGUUACCAGGAGGGUAACAGCCUUUCAAACUGAUGUUCCAGGGAAGGGUAUCGGGGAGAUAAUUUGUAAUAAAAGCUGCCGGGUGCCGGAA